AACUCGUCAAAAUACGUUGUGUCAGUUUUCCAGGACAGGCCUCCAAACGAACAUGACAUCUUUUUUUACAUAGUCGGAGUGCUACUGUUAUCUCUACACCAGACGCUCCUGACGUAUUUGCUGCAAGAAUUUGCUGUUUGUGAGGUUCCCUCCGAGUUGAGGUGCUUGUCCCUGGCUGUAGUUCCUUAUAUCCCAUUGGCACUUCCCUCUUUAGUCCAUGAGAGGAUCCUUGAAGGAUUCUUCACCAUGCAUCCUUCCACCAGUGAUUACUGGAUACUUUGCCUGGCUGAAUCUGGAAUAGUCAUCCUGGGAAUGAUCAGCAUUGCUUGGAUGAGGAAGCACUAUGUUUACUAUGGGAAAUCGCUGCUGCUUCCGUUUGUGACUGCUCUGAUGUUGAUAUACCUGGAAAGGUUUUCACUUCAAGGUGAAAUCGCAAUCUAUGCGAAACGAAACUUUUACCCUGAUGCUAAGCAAAUGGACAUUUCUUCCGUCGUAGCAAGACUUUUUGGACGCUUCUUUGCUGGGAUCUUUGGUAGUACACUGAUGAGAACUCAUAGUUGGCUGCUCGUCACUUCUGCAAUCAUCAUGUUCGGGUCGGUGUUGGAAUUCUCAUCGGGUUUCUAUGAUGAAGAGUCAUACAAUACGAAAAUCCUGGUCACGCUGGGAUUUUGGAUUUGCACGUUUGGCUUAAGUUUCGGGUUGCACAUUGCCCUGUUCAUCGUCGUGCAAAUUCUCCAUCCGUACAUUGAGAAACGAGUCGGGAAUGACUCUUGUAACGAGUUUCCGGAUUUUCAAGAAAUGACUUUCAUUCGCCAUGUUACAUUCUUCGACAUGCUGGUCAAUUUCUGGCGAUACAGUACAUUUCUACACUACAACCUCCAGUGGAUGAAUGUAACUGUGAAUGCCUACUACAGCAUUAAUACUCUGCAUCCACCAAAAUACAUCCUUAGUAACGUGCUGUGCCCAAUUGCGGUUUUAUUUUGGAUGAUCCCAGUGAUCAGGGCCAUGAAAUUGCGAGGACUUUUAAAAGAACUGCUGAUUGUUCUUUUCGUUGGAGUCAUGUACUCUGGAGUUCUCACUUGGUCAACGUUGCUGAUCACGUUUGUUCAUGGGAAUGAGAUGCCAAUUCCCCAAGGCAGGGAUGGGCAAGUGCUUGCCUUGAAUUCCAUGGAUUGUCACGUUUCUCUGCUGAUCAGGAACCUUUCGGAACCCGGGUUCGAGAAGCAAAUCCGGGUGCAACCCGAAUCCAUUUUCGGACUGGAUGUUACAGAGGGAAACACUUAUGAGUUCCAAGGAUUCGCUUCCAGUUGUCCCCAGUUUAAAAGGCUGGGAAAUAAAAUUUAUGGUUGGAGCAACAUUUUACAUGAUCGCAUUGAUCAGCAUCAGGUAUCAACUAUCAUGAUGAUUCCCGAUGAUGUGGAUACAUUGCAAAUUAUGUUACUACCACAAUAUUCAUUGGACUUGACUUUGAAAGGAUUAUCCUUGACGAACCUAAGCAGAACAAUCAAUAAUCACCACAAUUGGGAGCUCUCAGGGAGAUGCUUCUUUCAGCUAGUGAAGUCAGCAAGUGACCAUUUCUGGGCACCACUGGCUUCCUCUACAACUUUGAACCAAACAACUCUCACAACCAGUUUUGGCAGCAGGCACUUUUUGGUGGAUGGUAGCAGGAGCUUCCAUCCUGCUCAUCCAUACCUCUUGGUGCGAGGUACAGGUUUUCUAAGUCCUCCGCAAAGACGCUACAAGGGGCGACAAAGUAGCCCCAGCGCAACCCAACACCAACAUAAAGAAUUGAACCAUGGCACAGUGGAAGAAAAGAUUGAUCAUCAUAUUGCCUCCAGGGAACUCAAUUCCCAGUGGAAUCAUAAAACAAUCCUGGAACAAAGAGACCUGUCGAGUCUGUUGGUGUUUGUCACGUCCGUCGGUCGAUUUCCAGCCCUGGAUUGCAAUUCCGCGAGCAGAAUUUCCUCUGCCAAAGACGGCUUCCGACCUUGCUUCACGGCGUCCGAGUGCAAUUUUUCGCCGAUUUUCGCGGAUAUGCGCACAUUGGCGAACUUGUCCAGCAUUUCCGCCAUUAUUUUUGCCGUGGGCUGUUCCAGUGAAGGCGCUGCGAAAAUUGUGAACACCUUUGCCAAAGUGUCGUCUUUUUCUAUGCGCAGUUUCUUGUCCUCCGUUUUAUUGGCAGUGGACGUUUGA